AUUUUUUUACAAUAUGAAUAUACUUAGAUAUUAGUAUGCCAAAUGCAUAGAUAUUAUAUUCAGUUUUAGUAUGUCGUUAGAUACUAACAUAAUUAACCUGACAAGUACAGAAUAUGACCAAUGGCUUGACGGGUGUUAAUUGUGGGUUUUGUCUAUAAAAUAUUUUCAUUAAUUUUUUGAUAUAUAUAAAGUGUAUAUUGUAACUACUAAGUAUUAGUGGUCUUAAAAAAUGUAAUAUUGAUAAGUUAUUGUACCAAAAUUUAACUGAUACGAGCCACGCUGCAACACAAAUUUUGCAUGAAAGUGGCUUAUUAUGGUAAAACAUUUUUCGCUAUUUUAUGGACAUACCCAAUGCUGGUAUCUAACUUAAUAUAUCCUGAGAAGCAUGACGCAUUCUCCGCUUCAUUUCAAUUUUUGCAUCCGUAACACUCUUUUUUUAUUCUUUACGCAUAGACUUAUUUCUUUUGUUUUUUUCAUGUUAUGUUAUGUUGAAACAGACUACAUGAUUGCGGGGGCACCAAUGAGUUUCGGUAUGAUGAAAGGCGGUAUGAAUGCACCGCCUCACCAUAACCAAUACCAGUACCACCCUCAAUACCAGGGUGGGCCAAUGGGCCACCCAGGAUACGGGUGGCAACCACAGCGUUUUGGUGCAGAGAGUGCAAGGCGGGCCACAUCAGGGUCUAGCCAAGCGGCCCAAAGUGGAAAAGAUGAUAAAACCAGUCCAUUUGUAUCUACUGUUCAUUCUCAUCCUGGAUUCCAACCACAAAAGAUUGGGAAGGGGCUUGGUGGGAGUGCUGGAUUACCAAAGCCCCCAAAACCCCCAGAAAAGCCACUUAUGCCAUACAUGAGGUACUCCCGCAGAGUAUGGGACACGGUUAAAGCGGCAAACCCUGAUCUAAAAUUAUGGGAGAUUGGACGGAUUAUUGGUGGAAUGUGGAGGGACUUACCUCAAACUGAGAAGUAUGCCUUUGUCGAUGAAUAUGAAGCUGAGAAGUCGGAGUACGAGAAAACCUUGAAGGCAUAUCACAACUCACCAACCUAUCUUGCAUACAUUGCUGCCAAGAACAAAGCUGUUGUUGGAGCCUUGGAAGAAGAAAGCUCAAGUAAGAAAGGCAGCUCACAAAAAGAACAGCAGGACAGAAGAAUUGAUAUACAGCCUGCUGAAGAUGAAGAAGAUCAAGAUGAAGGUCUAUCAGUGAAGCACGUGUCGUACGCGCGUUAUUUGAGGAACCACCGCCUCAUCAACGAGAUAUUCUCCGAUACAGUUGUACCGGAUGUGAGAUCUGUUGUUACUACCGCAAGAAUGCAGAUUCUGAAAAAACAAGUUCAAUCGCUCACGAUGCAUCAGAAGAAACUGGAAGACGAGUUGCAACAGAUUGAGGAGAAGUUUGAAGCGAAAAAACGCAAGUUUAUUGAGAGCAGUGAGGCUUUUCAGGAGGAACUUAAGAAGCAUUGCAAACCAGCAGUUGAUGAAGAGACUUUCACUCGAAUGGUUGAGAGAGCCCUUGAGCAGAUGAGACGUGGCGUUAAUCCAGCUCAUACUACUGUCAGAGAGAGAAAGGAUGAGCCUGCCAAUGAACCAAGUCAACAGCCGAUAAAAACAGAAACAAACGGACCAAAUGCGCCAACGCAAGUUGACAAAGUCUCCACCAGUGAAGUGAAAAUGGACGAGAAUAUGACUACAGAGCUGCAAAAACCGGAAAAUAAAGAGGCGAUACCGGAUAGUACACCGGGGCACGAAAAUGAAGGUGAGCGCAAAGAAGAGAAGCCUCAUGAAAUAAAAAUGGAAACUAAAGAUGCGCCUGCGCAUGCGCCACCUCAAGCGCAUAUAGCCCCGCCCAAUGCAGGUAUGAUGAUGCCACCAAACCCUAAUGCGCCUGCGCAUCAACCACCUCAUGGAGGUCCACCUCCACCACCAGGUAGCUACGGUGGUGCAUAUGGUGGACGAUAUUACCCGGGGUACGCGGGUGGAUACCCGGCCGGAUAUCCGCAUUAUUACCCACCCGGACCGGAACAUUACCCGCCGCACCACGCGCAUCCACAUCCUCAUCAUGAGAUCAAGCCGGCUGAAGAGCCACCUGUCAAGAAGGAGAAUGAAUGAUUGUCACCGAAACGCGUCGUCAAAAGACGGCGCAAGUCCUCCUCGAAGGAGGGCGCUUAAGCUCAACUCUGGAUCCACUCUUGAGUGCUAACUAGCUUCUCCAAAACUCAUUGUCAAGUUAAAAACUAUGGCAUAACAGAUAUUAACCUACUCUUUAAUAAUGAGAUUCAAUCUGGUGGCGAGUGAGGAUAUGAUCAAAAACAUGCUUAGUUCACUAAAUCUACUGACAGGUUUAAAAAUGUCAAAGUGACAGUACAUUGUUGUCAGUCAGUCAGUGUUGAUGAAAUUUUGACAUUUGAGUACUGAAAAGUGGAUUGUAUCUGACAUUAUUUUUGGACAACCAAUAUGGUUUCAGAUAAGAGACCUUUUAACUUGCUGAGAGUGCACUCAAGUGAUGGUUAAGUUUGAGAGUUAAAGACAAUUUAAUCUGUAAAUUGGACUAAAAUUGGAUAAUGUUAGACUUUUUAAACAGUGACAAAAACUUAAGAAUUAAAAAAUGAAUGUCUGUGUGAUUGGUUAUCUACAAUUUUUAAUGGAACGCGCGUGUUUUGUAUUUUUAAGGUAUAUUGUUUAGUUUUUAUAUGUAGGUUAUAUUGGGCACUAGUAUAUAAAUAAUGAAAAUAUUUGUGGCAGAAAUUCCACUUCCAUUAGUAACAGAUGUUUAGGGUUUAAUAUAAAUUACGAAUAAUUAUGAAAAGGAAUUAGGCACUGGAGGCUGAUUACCUACCUGCCUAUUAAAUUUAAAAAUGAUCAUGAAACAGAUUCAGAAAUCUGAGGCCAAGACCUAAAGAGGUUGUAGUGCCACUGAUUUUUUUUAAUGAAAAGGAGUAAUUUAGAUAUAUCUAUUAAACUAGAUUUUAAAAAUUGUAAAUUUCUAGAUUCUCAUUACAAACAAUAUCAUAAUUCCUAAUAUUACACUUUCAGUUUUGAUACCAUUAUGUGGGAUGUAAAUAAAUACCACUUAAGAAGGAAAAUAACUUAGGAAUAUCUUUAUAUUAUGCAGAAUUUGUAAUUUUUCUUAAUAAUUAGGUAUAAUGUUUAUACAUAGAGUAUAAUUAGCAUAGUAAUACUUAUGAUUAAAUACAAUAUUUUUAUAUUUAUCUCUCAUUCUGUACUCGAUUGCUGUUUCUGCCAAACUCAGCGAUGAUAGGUCGACCGGACAUAAUUGUACCAUUGACUUCGUCUAAUGCUUGUAUUGCUAAGUCUUCACCUGUUAGAAAUAAAUGUAUAUUUAGUA